GCCGAGCAAAGGGCGGCGGCGGUGGUGGCGGCUGCUGGAGCUGCCCAGGAGGAGGAGGCGGCAAGGAUGGCGCUGGCGUCGUGGGCUCGGUGGAGAUGAGUGCCCGCGGCCCCAGGCCCAGGGCGGCGUGGCCGGAGUGGGCGGGGGUCCCGAUGCAGGCCCGAGGGGGGCCAUGGGGCAGGUCCUGCCGGUCUUCGCCCACUGCAAAGAAGCUCCGUCUACGGCCUCCUCUACCCCUGAUUCCACGGAAGGAGGGAACGACGACUCGGAUUUCCGGGAGCUGCACACAGCCCGGGAGUUCUCGGAGGACGACGAGGAGGAGACCACGUCGCAGGACUGGGGCACCCCCCGGGAGCUGACCUUCUCCUACAUUGCCUUCGACGGCGGGGUGGGCUCCGGAGCGCGCCGGGAUUCGGUUGCCCGCCGGCCCCGGCCCCAGGGCCGCUCGGUCUCGGAAACGAGAGACCCACCCCCCCAGCCCGGCCUGGGCGACAGCCUGGAGAGCAUCCCCAGCCUGAGCCAAUCCCCGGAGCCUGUGCGCCGGAGAGACCCUGACACCGCCCCGCAGGCCGAGCGCACCCCGGAGGGCCUGGGGCUCCCGCUGGACCAGCUGGACUGGGUGGCCCGGGGAGCGGGGUCCGGGGAGGACUCGGCCACCAGUAGCUCCACGCCCCUGGAAGACGAGGAGCCCGACGGGUCGGAGGCCAGAGAGGCUGGGAAAGAACUGGACCUACAACUCGCAUUCGCUCAGUCCUCGCCGCCCGGCGCCUUGACUCCACCAUCCAGGCCUGGCUCUGGGACCCCCCAGGCCCGGACCCCGUCCCCGCCCGGAUCCCGGGAUUCGAACUCAUGGCCUGCUGAGCCCUCGCUGGACGAGAAAGAGGAAGAGCCUAGGAGGCAGCUGGAUCGGGAACCAAUCACGGGGCAGUGCCUUGUUAGCACGGACCAAUCAGAAUCCACACUGGAACCACACCUUCUAGUGGCGGACUUGCUGUACUGGAAGGACACGAAGACAUCAGGAGUGGUCUUCACAGGCCUCAUGGUCUCCCUGUUGUGCCUCCUGCACUUUAGCAUCGUGUCCGUGCCCGCCCAUGUGGCCCUGUUGCUGCUCUGUGGCACCAUCUCUCUCAGGGUUUACCGAAAAGUGCUGCAGGCCGUGCACCGGGGGGACGGUGCCAACCCCUUCCAGGCCUAUCUGGACGUGGACCUGACCCUGACUCGGGAGCAGAUAGAACGUUUGUCCCAGCAGAUUGCCUCCAAAGUGGUCUCUGCGGCCACCCAGCUGCGGCAUUUCUUCCUGGUAGAAGACCUCGUGGACUCCCUCAAGCUCGCCCUUCUCUUCUACAUCUUGACCUUCGUGGGUGCCGUCUUCAAUGGUUUGACUCUUCUCAUUCUGGGAGUGAUUGGUGUAUUCACCGUCCCCCUGCUGUACCGACAGCAUCAGGCCCAGAUCGACCAGUAUGUGGGAUUGGUGACCAAUCAGUUGAGCCACAUCAAAGCUAAGAUCCGAGCUAAGAUCCCAGGGACCGGAGCCCUUGCCUCGGCAGCAGCCUCAGUCUCCGGAUCCAAAGCCAAAGCCGAAUGAAAAGGGCGUCUCUGUCCGCGGGACGCCUGCCCCCACCACCUGCAGCCCCCUGUCCCCCUCGGUCUCCCUUUCAUCCCCACCCUCUUCCCUUCCCAGCCCCAGCCAUAUCCGGGUGGGUGUCUGGAUCACUCACACCAGGCGCAAAUUGCCUUGAGCGGCCAGGACUACAUUUCCCAAGA